UUCGCUACCUCGACGCUUUGGAUCUGUGGCUGAUCGAGUUUGUCCCGAAAUGGCUGGUCAAGUAAAUCUAGCGGUUGGGUGUCUUGUUUGGAUUGAGGAUCCUGAGGUAGCCUGGAUAGAUGGGGAAGUAGUGGCAGUUAAUGGUCAAGAUAUCAGAGUACUCUGUUCAUCAGGAACUACUGUUGAGGCCAAAUCAUCAAAUGCCUAUCCAAAGGAUCCUGAAUUUCCAUCAUGUGGUGUGGAUGAUAUGACAAAACUAGCUUAUUUACACGAGCCAGGACUGCUACAGAACUUGAAAUGUCGUUAUGAUGUUAAUGAAAUUUAUACCUAUACUGGGGGUAUACUAAUAGCCGUAAAUCCUUUUCGAAGACUUCCUCAUUUAUAUGAUAAUGGCAUAAUGCAACAAUAUAAAGGGGCGGAUUUAGGUGAGCUGAGCCCGCAUCCCUUUGCCAUUGCAAAUUCUGCAUAUAGACAGAUGAUUAAUGAGGGUAUAAGCCAGUCAAUUUUAGUUAGCGGGGAAAGUGGAGCUGGUAAAACGGAGAGUACAAAGAUGCUUAUGCGCUAUCUUGCCCAUGUUGGAGGGAGAGAUGGAGGGAAGGCUGCAACUGGUGAACGCUCUGUAGAGCAGCAAGUACUAGAGUCCAACCCUGUUCUAGAAGCAUUUGGCAAUGCAAAGACUGUUAGAAACAAUAAUUCCAGUCGGUUUGGUAAAUUUGUGGAGAUCCAAUUUGACCGAAGUUGGAGAAUUUCUGGAGCUGCUAUUAGAACUUAUUUAUUAGAACGUUCCCGUGUUUGCCAAGUGUCUGAUCCUGAGAGGAAUUAUCAUUGCUUUUAUAUGCUUUGUGCAUCAACAGAGGAAGUUGAAAAGUAUAAGUUAGGGAAUCCAAGAACAUUCCAUUAUCUUAAUCAAUCUAAUUGCUAUGAACUUGAUGGACUGGACGAAUCCAAGGAAUAUACUUCUACUAGAGAAGCUAUGGAUGUCGUUGGAAUAAGUACAGCUGAGCAGGAUGCUAUAUUUCGAGUGGUAGCUGCAGUACUUCAUUUGGGCAAUGUUGAAUUUACAAAGGGGAAGGAUGCGGAUUCCUCUGAACCUAAGGAUGACAAAGCUCGGUUCCAUCUCAAAAUGGCAGCAGAACUAUUCAUGUGUGAUGAGAAGGCUCUUGAAGAUUCAAUGUGUACUCGUGUGAUAGUUACACGUGAUGAAACCAUAACUAAAUGUCUCGAUACAGUAUCUGCAACUCUUAGUAGGGAUGCUUUGGCAAAAAUCGUAUAUUCAAGAUUAUUUGAUUGGAUUGUUGAUAAGAUUAAUAACUCAAUUGGCCAAGAUCGUGAUUCAAAACACUUAAUCGGGGUUCUGGAUAUCUAUGGAUUCGAGAGUUUCAAGACAAACAGCUUUGAGCAAUUUUGUAUUAACCUGACAAAUGAGAAAUUGCAGCAACAUUUCAACCAGCAUGUGUUCAAGAUGGAGCAAGACGAAUAUACAAAAGAAGAAAUUAACUGGAGUUAUAUUGAAUUUAUUGAUAAUCAGGAUGUUCUUGAUCUCAUUGAGAAGGUGCAGAAGAGUUUCUUUCCUUUCGUGACUAAUUUGAAUUUUUCUGCAGAUUUUGUAGACCUGUUUAUAUUGUAUUCCUAG